AACAGUAUGAUCGACUACAAAGUUUCCCCCUGUGACAAUCUCUACCAGUUCGCCUGUGGCAAGUGGCUCAAAGAUUCCAUCAUACCCAGCGACCAGGCCUCCAUUGGAACAUUUUACAGUCUGCUUGAACGUACACAGGUUAUUCUGAAAAAUUUAUUGGAAGAACCUUAUAGACCUACAGAAUUGCCUAGCAUGAAAAAAGCCAAAGAUUUGUUUGCUUCCUGCGUGAAUACAGAUUUAAACAGUGCUAGAUCUGACCAGCCUCUGAGGGAAAUCAUAGAAAAAGAGUUUGGCAGUUUUCCCAUCAUUAACGCUUCGUGGGCGGAAGAGAGUUUCGACUUAGAGCGCAUGAUACUGGCGAUGCAAAGACGAUAUUUGAGCGUCAUUUUCAGCGUCUACGUGGAUGAAGAUUACAACAACACAGAUAUCAACAUGUUGAUGAUAGACCAGGCUGGUCUAGGCAUGACAAAGUCCUACUAUCUGAGAGAGAGGAACAGCCCAUUUAUCGUGGCCUAUGAGAACUAUCUGUACGGGAUGGGCUCCCUGCUUGGGUUUGCUAACGUCUCCAGUGCCAGGAGGGAUGUGGCGGAUGUUGUGGACUUAGAGAUUCAGUUGGCCAAGGUGAGUAAAGAUUCGGUUGGCCAAGGUGAGUAA